CAUUGGCAACAUUGCAUCAAAAUCAAACAUGGCGCGCGUACACACGGUUCCGCAAUUUUUACAUUUUUUCCUUUAUUUCUCAUUUGUAUUAUGUUGUUUUACUAGUUUUGUGAGUGCCAAUCGCGAGUUAGAUGAAGACAAUUGGAAGGAAAUUCUUGAAGGAGAAUGGAUGGUCGAGUUUUACGCGCCAUGGUGCCCAGCCUGCAAGGACCUGUCGCCUGCUUGGAGGGAGCUGUCCACCCGCGCUACCCGCAAGGCCCUGGGCGUGAGGACAGCUGGUGUCGACGUCACCAAGUCGCCAGGGCUCAGCGGUAGAUUCGUCGUCACAGCUCUGCCAACUAUAUUCCAUGUGAUCGACGGCGAGUUCCGUCAGUACAAGGGUCCCCGCGACGUGGACUCGAUGCUGGGCUACGUGGAGGAGGCGCGCUGGAAGCAGACGGAGCCCGUGCCCGCGUGGAAGGCGCCGCACUCCAUACAGAUGACGCUCGUCGCAGAGUUCUUCAAGCUCAGCCAGGCGCUCAGGCGAGUACAUGAAAUGCUGAUGGAGACAUACGGCCUGCCCACAUGGGGCUCUUACCUGAUCUUCGCUGUGGCCACCAUAUUCAUUGGAGCUCUUCUAGGACUGGUGUUGGUGUGCAUUAUCGACCUGCUGUACCCGCCGCGCCGCUCCGACAAGGUGUUCGUGUCGCAGCGGGAGCUCGACAGCCGCGCCAGGGGAGACCAGGACGCCAAGGACAAGUCUGAUGAUGACCAGGAGCUGAUCAACGACGACAUUGUAGACGACGAUGAAAACGCGAACAACAGCGACGCGGAGAAGAACUCGCCCAGUGAUACGUCGGAGUCCGCGUCAGAGCAGACGGGCGCGGCGGCCGGCGACUCCUGCAGCAAGCCGCGGACAGAGGUCCGCAAGCGACGCCCUCGCAAGGCAGACUAGGGGACCUGCAUACUCACGAUUUCUAGAGAACUUUCCAACUACAGACAUCUACUAAAAAUACGAACUUAAUACGAGUAUACAAGAGCAAUCUCUAAUAACACAUAAUUAUUUUUGACUCAAUGGUGUCAACAUUUCACAAACAACGUCGUGCAUUAGUAUUCUGGUCUUCUAAAGAAAGAACCAAGUCAACCUGAGCUAGCCUAUGCUAGUUUCAGCUAUUCAUGGAAAAUGUUGGAAAAUUCUCUCAAAAUCAAACGUAUACAAGAAACGAACUAGCUAACACUUUCGAUUAGGCCUUAGAGGUCAAACAUAGUAUAUGUAACCCCUUCGUAGGUCUAUUUAGGAAGGGAAGUAUGUCUGGAUUUUAUGACCUACGUAACAAGUGUACAGGUUGAUUAAAUUCAUACGUCAAAUGGGGAUAUAAACAAAAUUGAUGACCUGAAUUUAAUCGACGGUGUUGCCACUUUAUUUAUUCACUAAGUUUGGUAAUAGAUAGGGUGGCAAUGUAAAAAAAUAUUUAGUGCUUUGAAUACGCGGCCGGCUUAACGCAGAGACUAGUAAACAAGUCCUGUUUAUAUUUAGAGUCGAUUCAUACCAUUUCGUCACUAAAUAAUUGAUGUGCAACUAUGAUUAUGGUACCGAUAAAUAUCCAAAGUUUACUGUUAAAUUGAAAUCAGAUCAAUUCACAACCGAUUUUUUUAUGUUCCAUACUGAAGUUAACACCAGAUUAUUAAAGUAAAUAAAAAUACUAACAUCGACUCUUUCCAUGAUAAAAUCUGGAAUUUUCUGUGUUAUUAACUUAAAAUAGCAAAACUAUUGUAAAAAAUUACUAUAACCAUACUUGUACAUCACAAUAAUAUUCGCAUUAAUAUCUGAAUUAAUUAUAAGCUUCGUUUAAUUUGAAAAUGUAAUUAAGAUAAUUUCAAUGGAUUGUUGACCCCCGCAUUUAAUGUACUCAAUACAUUUGUUCAUGUUUUGUAAUAUUAUUAUAUGUAUAUUACUCGUCCCAUAUUAUUGAAUUCUAAAUUUAUUUGUAGUUAAUUAAUUGUAUAUUUUAGAAAACUGAUUGUUUGCCAAUAGUUCAGUUACUUUUCAACUUGGACAUGUCCUAACAGGAUAUUGCGCUGUUUGACUGUUUUCAAUAUAAGGCAAUAUCUUGAAAAAAUGUUCUCAACAUGUAUGUUACUUUCAUGAAUAAUGAAGUUUUAUUAAUGCUUCUUAUUCUAUAAUAGUAUAUUAACUUAUAAUAUUGUAUAUGUAUUCAUUAUCAAUAAAAUUACAUUUAUACUUUGAGAUCGCAUAAUGUAUUUCUUGCCUAAGUGACAAGGGCUGCAGCAGCCCUUAUCGCAAUGGCGAUCAAUCAUUUUAAAACGGUCUCAAUACGACAGUCCAAGUCAUAUUGCAUUUAUGAAAUCACGUGUGUUUUAGUUUUCGCACCAAAAUUAGCGUAAUUACAUAUAUUUAGUUCAUAAUCAUACAAUAAUUGUGAAUGUCCGACAAAGUAUUUCUAUUUAUAUUCUAUUUUAAAAUAAUUUGUAUUUAUUACAUUAUUUAUUUUUUUGAUCAACACAACCAAUAUAAACUUGUCGAAAAGUAUCUUAAUUAAAAAUACAAAUAAAUAAAAUAAUUAAUUAAUAAGCAAACUUUAACGACAACUCUUUAUUUUUAUUUUUUACAGAGAAUUUAAAGAAAAUUGGAUGGAAAUGAGAAUUAACGAAAUCAUGAGAAAUAUCAAUACAAGGAUUUUUUGUGAUACAUGUAUUUUUCGUGUGGAGAGAGAAGCGAGGUUACAAAAGAUUACGAACCAAAAAUAAUGUCUGAAAAAAAAUGAACAUACUUACAUGAACAUUUCUCAAAGUUAUUUUCAGGCUACAUAUGAGGCCUAAACUUUAAUUAAACAUUUUCUGUACCCACUUCCUCUCUGCACGACUCAAAUCACAUUCCCAACGGAGUUAUCGAAUUGUGCGCUCAAUAGUAUUAAAUAUAACAACUUACGUACUUACUGAGAUUAAAUUAAUAUGUAUUUAUAUACACACUACUAUUUAGCAAGGAGUUUUAGUGACAAAUAACCUUUCAGACCCUAUAUUAUUGAUAAAAGAAAUUGUGAUUCGCGUUUGAUCAUGAAAUAUGACAGUUCUGUUAAAGAUAAAUUUAAAACUAUUGUAUUUUUUAAGUAAUUUGUCACUAAAAUACCUAAGAACAACUGUAACACAGCUAAAAGUAGUAAUAACUAAUUUUAUUAUUAUAUGUUGCAAUACUCAAAUUAUCUGUUCAUAUAUUUUAUAUAUUUUGCAUAUUUUUUAAACACGAAACAUUAGGGUUAAUCAAAUUGUAACUGUAACUAUCGGAUUGUUGUGAGGUAAGCUGUGGCCGGUAUGACUGACAGUAGACAUCGCCUUGUACAUAAAAAUAAAAAGCAAUUAACUGGUCGAUAGUUAAUAUGGCGGGGAGGUGUUACUUCAAGUAUUCUUAUUUAUUACGUGGAAGAAAACUGUGUUUACAAAGUUAGGCAACAUGUAAGUGUCCCAAUACAAGAUGUAUUUCUCAAUCAGAGAAAGAUUUAUGAUAAAAAUCACAGUAAAAUUCACAUCACGAAAUAUGUCUGCCGUCAAUGUUUAUAAGAAUCAAUUGUUUUUCGUUAAGUGUCUGUGAAAGUCAAAAACGGCUGGACCGAUGGCUGUUUUAGUUUUUUUAUGGCAAAUUACAAGUUUUAUUUACAAGUUUAUUUUAAGAUACAAAUCUAUGUCAACAAGACUUGUGAAGAAUGUUUUAUAAAGGAGUGUGACUGUCAGUUGUGUCGCUGCGUGGUGGUGUCGAUAUUGUUAACAUGAAAAUUGCCUUGUACAAAGACUAAGAUUGUUUUAAGUGUUGCGUUUAUAUUAACUAUUGACCUAGUGACUUGCUGAAAUAAAAUUGUAUUUGUAA